AUGGGUUCCAGCGACAAGAAAAAGAGGGAGAAGAAGAAGGACUUCAAUAAAGCCAAGUUGAAGGUCGGCAAGGCCAAAGCCAAAGCAGCCAACUUUACCGACACGAGCUUCAAGUCCAAAUGUUGGUCAUCACUUAUCUCACUUCUCCUCAUCGAUACACUUGCUAACUACAUCCCAGCCAUCGUCGUAAACCAACACACCCUCGCCGCCCUCGACGGCGUUGACCUCGUUGGCCUCUUCAAGCAACACCUCAACCAAGCCAUCAACUCCAAAUCCGACAAGCUGCGCCAAGAAGCUCUCGUCCAACUAACCAAGGACCUCUCCUCCAAGCCCAUCUUCAACCCAGUCGGCGUGCCCAACCUGCUCACUAAGCUUUUGCCCUUAAUCACCGACUCCGUCGCCAACGUGCGCACCAACUUCCUCAAGCUCCUGCGCGCCCUCCCGCCCUCCGACGUCGCGCCCCAUGUCGAGAAAAUCCUCAUGUACAUCCGCGGCGGCAUGACGCAUCUCUCGACCGACAUCCGCUCCGACACUUUAUCCGUGCUCGAAUGGCUCAUCGAAGUCUGCCCAGAUGAGACCGUCUCCUGCCCCGGCGGGUGGCUCAAAACCCUCAACUCUUUUUCGUCGAUGCUAGGCUGGAACCCCAGCGUAGCCUCCACCCUGUCCGUCAAAGGCUGGACCAGUGCAACCAAGACCUCGCUCAACAAAGUCUCCAAGAAGAACGGCGAGGCUCAGGCAAAACAGAUCACCAUCCUCGCCAAGUUUCUAGAAGCCGGUUUCAGACCGGAGACUCCCCUGCCGUAUGACGAGCAGAGAUAUUGGGAUAGUAUCUACCGGAUGCCGACGAUCCCGAACCCAUUCGCGUAUCUGAAUCUGUGGGGCGCACAGAGGGAUGAGGAUGGCGAGAUGUACCCCGAUAGGAUCUCGAGGGUGCAGGUUUUUGAAAGGAAGUGGAGGGCGGCGAUCAAGACGGGCGUUAUGGGCGCGAAGCAGGAGGGGGGUGUGAUUGGGAGAGCGGCGUCAGUGUUGGAUAAGGUUUUGAGGACGAGCGCGGCGGCGGACGGGGAGGGGGUGAGGAAGAUGGUGGUGGAGGAGCAAGAGACGGUUGAGGAGGUUGAGGAGGUAGAGGCUUAA